GUAGCAGAUGAGACGCAAGUGAAAAAUGGUAUGUCAAAAGUGAAGGAUGAAUUUGGACGACUAGAUGCUGUGAUCAGUUGUGCCGGGAUUUCAUUCAAUCAUAAAACAUACAGUUUUCACUCGGCCAGUCUCACGCAGAAGGCCGCUGCAUGGGCCGAUUUAAAUAAAGUUUUUAGGGUAGCAGAUGAGACGCAAGUGAAAAAUGGUAUGUCAAAAGUGAAGGAUGAAUUUGGACGACUAGAUGCUGUGAUCAGUUGUGCCGGGAUUUCAUUCAAUCAUAAAACAUACAGUUUUCACUCGGCCAGUCUCACGCAGAAGGCCGCUGCAUGGGCCGAUUUAAAUAAAGUUUUUAGGAAUCCCUUGCUUCAUUUGUGCUCGACUGGCUCACAGAGUGAAGUCGAGGAGGUUUUAUGCCAAUAG